CCUCAAUGGAUCAUUCCGGCCGACCUCUUACAUUGUGUGCCAGUUGAUGCCUUGAAAAGAACAGGUCUGAUCUCUUUUCACCAAUCUAGAAUAUUUUCCUUCUUGGAUAUUGUCACUUUGUGCCGAUGUGCGCAAGUUUCCAAGGCAUGGAAUGUCUUGGCUCUGGAUGGAAGUAACUGGCAAAGAAUAGAUCUUUUUAACUUUCAGACAGAUAUAGAGGGUCGUGUGGUGGAAAAUAUUUCCAAAAGGUGUGGUGGAUUCCUGAGACAGCUUAGUUUGAGAGGAUGUCUUGGUGUUGGAGACUCCGCUUUGAAGACAUUUGCACAGAACUGUAGAAACAUUGAACAUUUGAAUCUAAACGGAUGUACAAAAAUUACUGACAGCACGUGUUAUAGCCUUAGCAAAUUCUGUACCAAGCUGAAACAUCUGGAUCUGACAUCCUGUGUAUCUAUUACAAACAGCUCUUUGAAAGGUUUAAGUGAGGGUUGCAGAAAUCUGGAACAUUUGAAUCUUUCCUGGUGUGAUCAGAUUACGAAGGAUGGUAUUGAAGCACUGGUGAAAGGGUGCAGUGGACUAAAAGCACUAUUUCUUAGAGGUUGCACACAGUUGGAAGAUGAAGCACUGAAACACAUUCAAAAUCACUGUCGUGAACUUGUAAUCCUGAACUUGCAGUCAUGCACACAAAUUUCAGAUGAAGGCAUUGUAAAAAUUUGUAGAGGAUGCCACAGACUUCAGUCACUGUGUGUUUCUGGUUGUAGCAACCUUACAGAUGCUUCUCUCACAGCACUUGGUCUAAACUGUCCGAGAUUGAAGAUUUUGGAAGCUGCAAGGUGUUCCCACCUGACAGAUGCAGGUUUUACACUUUUAGCACGGAAUUGCCACGAACUGGAAAAGAUGGACUUAGAAGAGUGCAUUCUGAUAACAGAUAACACAUUGAUACAACUUUCUGUUCACUGUCCUAAACUGCAAGCAUUGAGCUUAUCUCACUGUGAACUGAUCACAGAUGAUGGGAUUCUGCAUCUGAGCAACAGUACCUGUGGUCAUGAAAGGCUCCAGGUCCUAGAGUUAGACAAUUGUCUUCUUAUCACCGAUGUGACCCUGGAGCACCUAGAGAACUGCCACAGUUUGGAGAGAAUUGAGUUAUAUGACUGUCAGCAAGUCACACGAGCAGGAAUCAAAAGAAUAAGAGCUCAUUUACCUGAUGUGAAAGUUCAUGCCUACUUUGCUCCAGUCACCCCUCCUCCUUCUGUAGGAGGUAGUCGACAGCGACUCUGCAGGUGCUGCAUUAUUCUUUGACAGUAGGAGCAUCAGCAGAAGAAGAAAGAUUCCUUUAAUUAUGGAAACAAAAUCAGACUGCAAGUGGCUUGCAGAGUGUCAGUUUCUUAACGGCCCUAGGAGUGAUGUCACAGUCAUCCAAUUUUGUGCUGGUACUGACUCAAGAAAGGUGUUUUUGCAGGUAAAAAGUCUUAAUGUUACAUGUGGAUGUGGAGUAACUGAUGCUUUUUUUUGUUUACAUCUACUCCACCAUCCCUGCUGUUGAUAUGACAAUCAUAGUACCAUUUGCUAAUGUGGACUGGGGUAUUUCAGAGUUGUAGAUGCUCAGUGACAGCCCCAACACUAUAAGCCUCACUAAACCUGAAUAUUCCUAUUUGUAAGCAUUCUUUAGUGUAAAAAAAAAUUCAGGGUCUCAAGCAUGUGAGUCCAAAUUGCUGUUGUACAAUACACAUAACCAAUUACAUCAUCAGGUUUGAGGACAAAUCAGCUUUAGCAGAAGUUGACCAAAAAAGGGAAAGUAAUAAUGAAAAAUAGCUUCCUAUUUUGCUACAGCUUUAUUUAAUUUCUACAAAAACUCCCAACAUGUUAAAUAGUUUUCUAGAGGUGUACUACCUCUUAAUUUGAACUAAUCAUAUACAAAAGAGCACUCCUCACAUUGUUGAAUGGUCUGUUUAGAAUAUUUCUCUAAACAGUCUUAAGUGUUACCCAGUAGGUUAGGAUAAGAAAGAUAUGGCAGUUUGUGUCCUGUACACAAAAGGUCUUUUUUAUAUGCUCUAGCUGAGUAGGUAGAGCUGUUUACUAUAGUGGCUGAAAGAAUAUCUAUGUAUGGUACUUAUACUUCCCUCAUUGUCAUGGUAUUUAAUAUAUUUAGCCCUAAACAGAAGCUCUGGGGGUAUUACUGUCUUUUUUUUUUUUUUUUUAAAACAGAGCUUACUUAAUUUGCCCUAGGCCAGAUCCUAAAUCUGUGAGACAGAGCAAGGAAUUGAAUGCUGGGCUCCUGCAUCCUAUGCCAGUACUCUAACCAAUGAGCCCCACACAAUUCAGAUUUCCAAAGGGGUCUGCAAAUGAGAAAAGGUUGAAAACCCCUGGGCUAAGUAAUUUAACAUAGUUGACAUGGUUGAGACCCUGAACAAGCAGUGGUUUCUGUUCCUUUAAAAACUGAAGCCAAACUUUUCAGAAACUGAGCAUUCAACAUGACAAUUACAUUAAUACCUGUAACUUUUUUUUUUUUUAAAUAUGGUAGGGCAACAUUCUGGCCUCAUUGACAGCAGUAGGGACAGAAUUUCAGCUGUAGAUUUAAGCCUUCUACAAUGGAGAGUGAAAUCUGAAUGUAAAACCACAAGUCUAAGGGGGAGCUACAUUUUUAUAUUAAGCCAUCUAAAUAAAUGGUUGGUGUGCACAACAUCUGUAUACUCACUUAGGUACCGAGGCUCAACAGUAACCCUUUAAAGGAAAAUAUCUUGGGCUUAAAAAAGACUGGUCAACUGAUAGUGUUUAAAUUCUGAAAAUGAUGUAGUCAUUUGACAAAAGCUCUAAUAAGCCACACAUACUGGAAAUAUUGCCUUACCAUUAUGGGGAAUGUCUAAGUUGUUGGCAAAACAUAACUGGAUGCAGAUGGCAGUGUGUACAUUUACACUGCACACUGAAUCUGGAAUGUUUAGAACUACAUGUUUUAAAAAGUUAAUGUGAAAAUGUAAGGCAGCUUUUUACAGCUGCAGAUCCGCAAACUUUAUGAAUAUGGUAUAAAGACUUAGUAUUAAACUUUGGUGGUUCAGCUUUGUAGCAACAGCAAAAAUUCCUGGAUUAAUUUUCAUAUUAUUAAUACACUUCUAUUACCAAGAUUCCCACUUAGAAAUUUGGAUUUAUACAAUUUUCUUAGCAGAACAUUGGGGGAAGACCAAAAUUAAAUGUGAACUCAGUGCAACUUGUCAGAAUGAGUAGUUGUGUGUUGCCUUAGGUUUGGCUCAUUUUUAUGGAUCUUAUUGUGAGGUUUUUAUGGCAUUAAAGUUGUACAAAAACCAAAAUUUAACAUAUGCUUACACUAAGAAAAAUGAUAGAGGAAACAAAUAAACAAUCAGCUAAUAUUUA